GUUUAUCAUGCUAUUUCUCUUGCUCGCAUUUCCUUUCCUUCCUCUUCCUCCGCCUACUGUCAAGUCUCCUCCUUGUUUUUUAUACCGGUUACACAGACUUUCACUCAUCUGGUUUUCAUAGUGCUGUGGAUUUGAUGUUCUGCUCAUUGCAACCAAGGCUCCAUGUUACUCACACCCAUCAUGGAAGAACAGCAUCAUAUUGAUCUAACUUACAUCACUGAGCGCAUCAUCACCAUCCUCUGCCCUCCUGGAUGUCCAGAGGACAUUUACUUGCAGAACCUGCAGGAGAUUGUUCCCAUGCUGCAGUCCAAGCAUGGACACAACUACAUGUUCAUCAACCUCUCCCAGAAACAUGAAGCUCUCACACGAAUGAACCACAAGGUUUUGGACACAGGCUGGAGGGAUCUCUUGGCUCCCAGCUUGGAUCAGGUCUUCAGUGUUUGCACAAUGAUGGAGAACUGGCUGCAGACUCAUCUGAAGCACGUUUUGGUGUUGCACUGCAGGGGAGGGAAAGGCCAACUCGGAGUCCUGGUGGCAUCGUACAUCCACUUCAGCAACAUGUCAGCCAGUCCAGACCUCUGUCUCGACCAUUUUGCCAUGAGGCGGUUCUACAAUGACAAGCUGUCUGCCGUGAUGACACCUUCACAGAAACGGUAUGUGUGGAUGCUGGGCAACAUGUUGAAAAGAGGACUGAGGAUGUGUCCCUCUCCAUCUUUCCUCCUCUGUGUUGUUCUUCAUGGUCUCCCAAAACUUAGACCAGAUGGAGGCGCAUGCCUCUUCCUGAGGGUCUACCAAAGCCUGCAAGCUGUUUGCACAUCAGCAGUCUACCAUGUUAAUGCAGCUCAAACAGACCGGCUCUACUUUGUGCUUCAGCCGGCUCAGCUGCUCAAAGGGGACAUCAUGGUGGUUUGUUAUGAUAAAAACAGCCGUUCAGCCAGUCGUCGGGUUGUUUUCCGUCUGCAGUUUCACACCGGCCUCAUGGUCAGACACACCCUCUCUUUCUCCAAGGCGGACCUUGACUGUGCCAGUGAAGACCCUCUGUUCCCAGAUGAUGGAAAAGUUGAGCUGUUGUUCUCUGAAAGUCCAGAGAAGAUUUCAGGCAGGGAGCUGUGGCACAACGGACGCUCCGUGAAGGUGGACUAUGACACCUUGGACCCUUUGGUCAGACGUGAUUCAUACCAGGAAUCAUCUUGUCUUGAAACAGAUCCUCAUGUCUUAGAACCUGGAAAUGGAAGUUUAUACACCAGAGUGAGGAAGAAGAGUAGCGAGGAAGGAGUGAGCACCAGCAGUCCCAGCUGCAGUGACCGAGCCCCGUCUGCCAGCAGUGACUCAGGACUGUCUGUUGCCUCACAGGGGCUGACCGGAGCCAAACAGUGGAGAGGGGCCAAGCAGGACAAGUGUAUCCAGACAGGGAAGCUGAUCUCUGGGGAGAACUUUGAGCCCACACAGACUCUUCUGGAGGUCAUGACUGAACUUGCAUCAUUUGGUGGAGGGGAGGGGGAGAUGGCUGGAGAUGAGUUUGGACUGGGACACAACAUCAAUGGGGAGGCUUCAUCCAGUGAGAGAGAGACUGAUAUUCUGGAUGAUGAAGACGAGCUAGAAACAGAUCCUGCUUUAGGCAUGCCGAGCUCAAGUAGCAUUUGCUCGCUCUCAUCUGAAACUCAGAGACCUUCCCAAGCCGAGUAUUCGACUUGCUCCUGGGUGUGUCAGCAGCAGAUGGUGGAUGUCGUCACUGAUGAUUUCCUUGCUGUGGAUGGAGCUCGGAGAUCAGGCAAGGCAAUGAAAGAGAGAGCUCCUGACACACCACCUCGAGGUCCCAGCAGCAGAGAAGCGGUGCAGAGAGGGUCGAUGGACGAGCACGAUUCUCAUGUCGCAAAUAGCACAUACAGCAUGCAGUCUGCCAAAAACCCUUCAUCUUGCCAAGAGGAUGAACUGGCAUCAUUAACUACAGACAUUGAUGAGUCCAUAGAACAGCUGAACCAGCUGAUUUUGGACUUGGAUCCCACUUUUGUUCCUGUUCCUACCCGCUGUGCCCCGCUGUCCCGCAGUGCCUCCCUACACACCAACGGCCUCAGCCACAAAGGACGCUCCCAUCUCUUAGGGUGGAAACAGCAGAAACAAUUCAGUGAUGUGACGGACUAUGUUGCUCCAGGAUGGCAAGGUAGUGGACCGCAGGGCAACAGCCCUUCUUUCACACACUCUCAGCAUGGGCAUCUGCACAAAACCAACAGCGUGGAUUAUUGCAGCCAAAUGAACUCCUCUGACAUCGUCCCACCUACUCCGACCUUCCCAGUGUCUCCUCCAACUCCCUAUGUGAAACAUUUCCCAGAGUUUUCCCAGUUCAGGGCGGGCAGCCAGUGGGACCAGCACAGCUGGAUACAAGAAUCCCGGAGUUUCCUGGACAGCAUGAACAACACCGGCGGCUCCGCAGACGUACCUGUCACUCCUGCUUCCUGUCAGAGGAUCUUUGGCUCCAUGUGCUCAGUAUCAUCCGGCAGCCCACUCCCACACACAGACAGCUCCACUCCUCCCCCUGUGUGGCAUGACAGGACUCCAAACUCCCUGAACUCCCCCUAUCCUCCCCAACCUUCGCCCCCUCUUCCCCAUAGCACUCCCAAUGCCCACAUUUCUCCCCGGGAGGCUCUGAAAGGCCUGGGGGGGAGUCUGGAGGUCUGCAAGGGGGCCGGCAGCGCAGACUUGUCCUCGUUGUUGUUGGGAAAUGGCAGCCUGGAGCACAGCCUGCUGGAGGCAGUAGAGGGUCUCGGGAGGCUGAAUAUGGAGGGAGACGGGAGCCUCACUCCGCUGCUGCCCGAGAAGAGAAGAGGAGGCGAGCUGGGAGAGAUGGGCUCAUGUUCCCCGUCUCUGAGUGGGUUCUCCAGCCCUCACAGUGGCAGCAGCCUCAGCAUCCCUUUCUCAUCCUCGCUGACCCCUGAUCCCCUCAGAGGACUCAGUGGGGCCACGUCACCCGGAGCAGACUGUGGCAGUAAGCAGGACACUGUGAAGUUUGUUCAGGACACAUCUAAGUUCUGGUACAAGCCCGACAUUUCCAGAGACCAAGCCAUCGCCGUGUUAAAAGACAAGGAGCCGGGCUCGUUCAUCGUCAGAGACAGCCACUCGUUUCGUGGGGCGUACGGACUGGCUAUGAAGGUGGCCACGCCUCCUCCGUCUGUGCUGCAACAGAGUAAAAAAGUAGAUUUGUCAAAUGAGCUGGUGAGACACUUCCUGAUAGAGUGCACACAGAAAGGAGUUCGACUGAAAGGUUGCCCCAACGAGCCGUACUUUGGAAGUCUCACAGCCCUGGUGUGUCAGCACUCCAUCACCCCUCUGGCCCUGCCCUGUAAACUAAUCCUGCCUGACAGAGACCCGUUGGAAGAACUGAAUGAGUCGUCUGCACAGACUGCAACAAACUCAGCUGCUGAACUUCUCAAGCAGGGAGCAGCAUGUAAUGUAUGGUACCUCGGCUCUGUGGAGCUGGAGUCUCUGACGGGUCACCAGGCAGUUCAAAAGGCCACCACGCUGACGCUCUCCAUGGACCCUCCGCCGGCCUCCACCGUGGUCCACUUCAAAGUGUCGGCUCAGGGAAUCACACUCACUGACAACCAGAGGAAGUUGUUCUUCAGGAGACACUACGCUGUCAACACCGUUAUUUUCUGUUCUCUGGACCCGCAGGGGAGGAAGUGGACAAGAGACAGUGGCUCCACUGCAAAGAUCUUUGGAUUUGUAGCCAGGAAAUCUCAGAGUGAGACUGAAAACAUUUGCCAUCUGUUUGCUGAGCAUGACCCCGAGCAGCCAGCGAGCGCCAUCGUAAACUUUGUCUCAAAGGUCAUGAUUGGUUGUCACAAAAAGUGAGGGGAUGUGAGCUGCAACAAAUAACAGGAAAAGGUGGACCUGGGAAUAUUUCUCCCACCCUGACACAAAUUAAAUAUGUCAUAAAGAAAGACCAACAGAGAAAAACCUUAAAGCCCUCACACUCCAGCAUCGAAUCCUGUUUGUCCAUCCUGCAGGCUGAACUCUUGCCUGCACUGCAGGAUGCUGCCACUAGAGGGAGAAAAGACUGAUGUAUCAGCAGGAAGCUGGAACUACUUCCAAGUUUGUUUCUGGAACAUUUUUUUAAAUAUUAAAUCACAGACUUUUUCACAGAUGUAGAAUGAGACAAAGUUUUUGUGAAAAGAUGGACUACUUUAUUUCUACAUUUACGCUGAAAGUUCUUCACACUGAGUUCUCACUGUUGCUGAUAGUGAAAUUGUCCAUUAUAACAGGUUACUCAAACCCAGAGACUUUUGGAUAUACAGCACAUGAACAGGUCUUUGUAAUUAUACUUUUGAAACUUUUUUUUUUUUUUUUAAGUAACAAUGUGUAAAUCAGGCUGCAGUAAUCAGACUGUGGUAUUAAAACAAAACCAACAGCAUGGUUGUAAGACAAAGGAAUCAGUGUGAUUGCUCCGAUGGAUUUAUUAUGAGCUGUGAUAUUUAUCUCCUAUUACAGAUGUGUGAAAGUUUCUUUUUACUAAAUAUACCUACCAUUUAUUUUUGUAUAUUAACACAUGCUGUACAUUAAAAGCAAACUGUCGUUUAUAUUGUCGUGGAAGAAAAUAAUGAGCUAUUUCACGACAGCCUCUGUAUAAUCUACCAUAUGUAGUUGUUGUAUUACUAAUGAAGUUGUUAAUGUGUUCCUCUACUCUUAAUACAGAUUUAAGAAGA